AUGAUACGCGGUGGCAUGUGCUGUUGUCACGAUUCGGAAAAACCUGUAGAAUUUCCACUGUUUGUCACUUUCACGUUUUGUAUUUAUGUAUUUGUACCGAUGACUCCCGUAAGACAAAUACUGAUAUCAACGGCGGUAUGCCUGCUGGUAACCGCCUGCGCAGCGACAGAUCGCGCCGAACAAAACAUCACAACAACAAAAACUGUCAGGACAACAAUCUUACCCUCCCGGACAACCAGGACAGAGCUCAAGGUCUCCCGAAGUCUCAACCCUCACGACACCACCACUCUCAACGUCAAAACUAGACAGGGACAUAUGACACAACUUAUUGUCAAAAAAAAGGAUGCGAAGUCCACCACGCAUCAUGCUAGCACUACAGCAGCACCAACAACUGUCUCGCUCAAAACUACUGUCCCUGCCAAAGUAAAUGUUACCACUGAGGAACCCAAAAAUAAGACAGAGACCAGGGAUCAAAGAAAACUUAACUUUGUUGGCCCUUUGAACAGCGAUCUAGCUGGGUACGAAUAUUACUCCUCCAACCGCAACAAGAACCCUGAAGUUUUCUCUGAAGUCAAAGCAGAAUAUGGCAACUGGUCACCUGUAUCUGUUUAUCCAGAAUCUCACAUUCAAGAAGAUGGUGGUAAACCUGAAGCUGACCCAGAGACAUCAAGCUAUUACCCCACAUAUGACAAUGAUAAAAGAACCGAAAAUAAAAAAGUUUACAUCACAUCCACUAGCUACUUAGAUUACGGUGGUCCCAUAAAGAAUUAUAGGUUCGAUCCGCAUAACCCAGUUAUUAAGAACGACCGAAACCCUGUUUAUAUUGAAGUAGUCAGUACGAAAGUAGCCGAUGAAGGAAAGUCAUUCAAGGUUCCUGACCCAGUGGUCAUAAGCUCUGAACCAAUGUAUUUAAAGAAAGCCGUAGAAAAGUAUAAUAACAAGCGGGGCAGAUCAAUUUUGACUCUCGGUGAAGACGGUAUACCAGAAAUUCAGGGCGUGAGAGUGCCAGACGACGAAUCCGAUAAAAAAACAUGGAGAAAUGCUAGAGUUGUUAAUGGCGAGUUGUUGCCGUAUCCAGAAGGAUACACACCAGCUAAAGCAAUCUCAGAGAUUGAAGGGUACGUCGACGGAUCAUCCGAGGAACCCACCGAAAGCUUCGGCCCUUUCACUAAAGACGACAACUUCGAGCAAAAAGAUGGACCGUUUACUAAAUUUGAUAACUUGAAAUUUGAUGCCAACGACGUCCGUGACGAUAUCGAUAUCUAUACUAACAAUCCAUCUUACGGUCAGAAACAGAGACUAGAAAAACUUAAAUCCGGCUACGGCUAUGGACCUUUCACUAAAGCUGACAAUUCGAAAGUAGCCAACUCAAAACUAAUUGAAUAUAUAAAACAAAUAAAUGAACAAGAAUUGAAACGUGACUACUUCAGCGGUCGCAGUUCAAGGGCACAUACUGGUGACCUAGAUUACGCCGAAAGCCAUAUUCAAAGACGUAUGCUUCAACACCCUGGAGAAGUUAACUACCCCAACUCUCUUAUGUAUACCCCAAAAAACGCGAAACCAAGUUUCGAUGAAAGCGUAAGGAAUCCUGUCCUACAAUAUGCUCACCCGGAACUCGGAGUACAGCCAGCUAAAGCUACACGAGACAAUAUCGAUAAUUACAGCGACCGAAAAAUUAAGUACUACUCCAGUGUACCAAAAAGCGCCCAUCCCUACCCUAUGGAACCUAUCAACGGCUAUGGACAGCAAAGAUCACAAGGUAAUAUUAAUGCUAACCGAUACUAUGAAGAUGAACACAAAAAGUUCUCCUACUAUGAAAACAGUCACAGCCCCAGCUACUCUUAUGGUUACGGUUACAUAAGGAGAACUCCAGAGCCAUCUCUCUGGAAAAGAUUUACCGAUUCUAUGAAGGAUACUAUACACAGCGCCACCCAAACUGUUCAACAAUUCACAAAGCCCAUAAUGGACCCUAUAGCUAAAGUAACACAGCCCGUUCUCAAUCCUUUAGUAGAAGCCACACAGAAGAUCUCUCAUAACUUGGGACUGUAUCCUUCAAAUUCUAUUCAAACACAGAGGUACGCCCAAGACAAAAUUGGAGUAGCAGCAGCGGCAACCGGAGGUACAGCCAUGCUUCCAGCUAUUGGUCUGAUGGCAGGCGGAGCAGCUCUGGGGUUGGGAGCUGUCGCGAUGGGCAGACUGCUCGACGUCAACUUGAUGCGUUCAGCUGGCUUAUCAGACGAUGAUAUUCAAGAUGAACUUGAAAAGGAGCACAAAAGAGCAUUCAGUAAUGCGCCUUAUGACAUCGAUAGAGAUAUCUUGAGCAGACAAAAAGUAUUUGACGACAAUUAUAAAAUGCCUAGUGAGAACGUAUACGUAGUAAUGUCACCAGACGGUGGCCAGGCGAGAUCAAAACGGGAUGUACUCGAAUUCCACCAGGAUCCGGACCAUGUAACAUUGAGGCGAAGAAAACGAAUAUCCAAAAGGUCAUUAGAUAAUGACAUGCCAGAAGAUCUGCAGCACUUGGACAGCCAGCAGUCGUCUUCGUCGUCGCUCACGUCAGCCGCCAUGGACCUAGUGAAGCAGACUGAUUGGCGGGACUCGCAGUGUGCCAAGUAUACCUUCUGUAAGGUGCUCACGUCUCAGCCUUCCGACUCAAUCUUCGCGAUGGAGAAAAAAAUGGAAUCACUACUCAAGUUACGGCGUGCCGCCGUGCGCGCGCGCGCUUGCAGGUUACGCAACCUGCGGCCUUUGGUGAAAGUGGCCGGACCACAUUCCGAGUUUGUUUGGACCACGAGUUCCCCGCGUCGUCUCUGGCUCGAGAUAGAAGGCAUUAUGCAACGAUUUCGUUCACGCCGAUGA